AUGGCGGCUCAAGAUGACCCUUUAGCGACAACGAACAAUGAGACCUCUGUUACACUCAUGGACGAAAAUUGCCACAAGCAAGACAGCUCGGGUGAGAUCAGUACGUCAGCUCAGGGUGGAUUCAGGAGCUAUCUCAGGAUCUUUUCCUACACCGACGCUGUCGGCUGGAUUCUCAAUGUUCUCGCCUUGGUGGGCGCCAUCGGCGCGGGCGCAGCUCUGCCCCUAAUGGACAUACUGUUUGGGAAAAUGAUCACUAACUUCAAUAACUUCGCGGCUGGUUCCAAUACUCAAAGCGAGUUCCGGUCGUCACUGAACACUUUCACACUCUACUUUGUGUAUCUCUUCAUCGGAAAGUUCGUGUUAGUGUAUACGUGGACUUUAUGCCUGUCUGUCUCUGCCGUGCGAACGACCAAAUCCCUACGGACGACAUUCUUGACCCACCUGCUGCAACAAGAUAUCGGCUUCUUCGAUGCCAACGAGAGUGGUUCCUCCGUUGUACAACUAACGGCCAAUGGCAAUCUAGUCAACCAAGGGAUCUCAGAGAAGCUAGGUUUCGCGGUGCAGGGCACAGCGACCUUUGUGGCAGCGUUCAUUGUGGCCUUCGUCGUGCAAUGGAAACUGACGCUGAUCACAAUCUGCAUCACCCCGGCCAUCCUGAUCGUGACUACUAUCUGUGCCGGUAUUCUUGUCAAGCAAGAGAAUCGAAUCCUCCAUAUUAACUCGAUCGCCGGAACCUUGGCUGAGGAAGUUCUCGGCAGCAUGAAGACAGUGCAUGCCUUUUCCGCCUUUUCCAGGUUGACAACUAAAUACGAUGACCACUCCAAGGAAGCGAAGCGUCUGGGUCUUGCACAGUCGCUCAACGUGGCGAUUUUAUACUCAACCGAGUACUUCUGCACCUACGCCGGAUAUAGCCUUGCGUUUUGGCAGGGAGUUCGUAUGUAUGCCAGGGGUGAGAUUAAGGAACCGGGCAAUAUCAUCACUGUCAUAUUUGCUAUCAUAGUAGCCGCCACAGCCAUGACGCAGAUCGCACCGCAAAUCGUCCAAAUCACCAAGGCAGCCUCAGCCGCACAGAGCUUGUGGGAAAUCAUUGACCGCAAGUCUCCGAUCGAUGGGCUGUCGCAGGAGGGCAAGAAGCCCAACGCUUGUGAGGGGAAUAUUGAAUUUUCCAACGUCUCAUUCUCGUAUCCCACUCGCGCUCAGAUCCCAGUUCUCCAAGACUUCACACUCUCCAUUCCUGCCAACAAGACAACGGCUUUGGUCGGACCUAGUGGCUCUGGUAAGAGUACUGUGACCGGGCUGUUGGAGCGAUGGUACAAUGUCCAGGAUGGGAGAAUCACGCUUGACGGGGUGGAUAUUACAGAGCUUAAUAUUCAGUGGUUGCGGACUCAUAUUCGCAUUGUUCAGCAGGAGCCCACAUUGUUUAACGCCACAAUCUUCGAAAAUGUAGCGUACGGUCUAGCGGGAACAGAAUAUGCCGACGCUUCCCAGGAGGAGCAGUUACAGCGAGUCAUUACAGCGUGUAAAGCUGCUUAUGCCCAUGACUUCAUUGAGGCUUUACCGGAGAAAUACGACACCCAAGUCGGGGAACGCGCCACAAUGCUGUCUGGGGGUCAGAAGCAGCGUGUCGCGAUUGCGCGGAGUAUCGUUUCUGAUCCAAAAGUGCUGAUUCUCGACGAAGCUACGAGUGCUUUGGAUACACAGGCCGAGAAGAUUGUGCAAGAGGCCUUGGACAACGUAUCAGCAUCGCGAACUACCAUCACGAUCGCACAUAAACUCUCGACAAUCAGGAAGGCGGAUCAGGUUGUGGUUCUGUCGCAGGGAGAAAUUGUGGAAAUUGGAACCCACGACGAGCUCAAUGCUGCAGGAGGAACUUACCAUCGUCUUAUCGAGGCACAGGAUCUAGGUACCGUCGACGAUGACGGAAACCUAUCCGAGGAGGAGAAGGCUGAAGCGAACAAUGCUAUCACAGCGGUCAUUUCAGGACAGCAAGACCGUAGCAAAGAUGUCGCGCGUGUGGAAAGAUUGAAGGCGCCAUCUGCCCGCAGCCGCAGCCUAAUUCAGUGUCUGACUGUCCUACUCUCCGAACGACGCGAACUAUGGCCGCACUUUAUUAUCUCACUGUUAACCUGCAUUGUCGGGGGUGGCAUUUACCCUGCCCUUGCGGUCAUUUUCGCUAAGGUCUUGGAUGUCUUUCAGAUCACACCUACGAGCAAGAUGGUCGAAAAAGGUGAUUUCUUUGCACUCAUGUUCUUUGUGCUUGCUCUCGUCAUUUUGUUUGUCUAUGGGAUACUUGGGUGGGUUUCGAAUGUGAUCUGCAACUGUAUAGUGUAUACGUACCGAAUGGAGAUGUUCCAGGAUUAUAUCCGACAAGAUAUGACCUUCUACGACCAGCCCCAGCACACCACCGGCUCGUUGAUCUCCGAACUCGCUUCGAAGCCUGCCAGCCUGCAAGAGCUGCUAGGCAUUAACAUCAGUAUCGUUAUCAUUGGCAUAGUAAAUGUCAUCGCUAGUUCCAUCCUCUCCAUAGCGGUUGGAUGGAAACUUGGAUUGGCCGUUGUCGCAGGGGUAGUGAUCCCAAUAAUCUCCUGUGGCUAUCUCCGAAUCCGUCUCGAGUUCCGCUUAGAUGAGGCGACAUUGCAUAGGUUCUCCGAAAGUGCAGGUUUGGCCGGUGAGGCAGUAUCUGCGAUUCGAACCGUCGCAUCAUUGGCGAUUGAGCGAGUGAUCCUGUACAAAUACACCGACAAGUUGGCGGGCAUUGAACGAAGAUCCAUCAAGUCGUUGACCUGGACGAUGUUCUGGUUAGCCCUUUCGCAGUCUCUUUCAUUGCUCGCUAUGGCGUUGAGCUUCUGGUAUGGAGGUCGCUUGUUAUCGACAGGCGAGUACUCCAGUACGCAGCUGUAUAUCACUACCAUUGGAGCCAUCCUCUCCGGUGAAUCAGCAGCGCAAUUCUUCAUGUUUAGUACCAGCUUUACAAAAGCGCAGGUAGCAUGCAACUACAUCUUCUGGCUACGUUCUUUGCAACCAGAUGUCCAGGAUGGACCAUCUGAUCACGCGCCCGGGGAAAAGGGCCUAGCCGCCCAUGUGGCAUUGCAAGAAGUAGGAUUCCGAUAUCCAACACGCCCAGCUCGACCUGUGUUAAACGAUAUCAAUAUUGAAAUAACCCCCGGCCAAUUCGUAGCUUUCGUCGGACCCUCCGGCCACGGGAAGUCAAGUCUCAUCGCCCUCUUAGAACGAUACUAUAACCCGACAUCCGGGCACAUCCGGCUCGACAAUUCAGAUAUAGGCAACAUGGCACUCGCCCCCUACCGAAGCCAGCUAUCCCUGGUCCAACAGGAACCAGUCCUCUAUCAGGGGACCAUCCGAGAGAACAUCGCUCUAGGACUUGAAGAAGAAGCAACAGAAGACCAGAUCCAUGAGGCCUGUCGCCAGGCUAACAUCUUCGACUUCGUCUCCUCCUUACCAGACGGACUGGGGACAUCGUGCGGUUCACGAGGGACUCUAUUCUCCGGUGGUCAGCGCCAACGCAUAGCCAUUGCCCGGGCGCUUAUCCGUCAGCCGCGUUUACUUUUGCUCGAUGAAGCUACGUCCGCGCUCGAUACCGAGAGUGAGAGGAUUGUUCAGGCGGCUUUGGAUCAGGCUAAGGAUGGUCGGACGACUAUUGCAAUUGCGCACCGUUUGUCGACGAUCAAGCAUUCGGACCGGAUCUUUGUGCUUGUAAGUGGAUGGAUUAAGGAGCAGGGGACGCAUGAGGAGUUGCUUCGUCGACGGGGGAUCUAUUAUGAGAUGUGUCUGGGGCAGGCCCUGGAUAAGGCUACAUGA